UGUGCGUGUACACAAGCCUCUGACGAACAACACAAAGCCGCCGAGCUGCAACAUGUUUUGCAGGCUAAAAUAGUGAAAACUCCGGCAAACGGCAACGUUUGGUGUUUGUUUCUACAAUUGCACCACAUUAUGGCGGCGUUUGUCGUGAGUAUUUCUUCAAAAAUGAACCUAACGGGCCCACCCAUCAGUGCGAAUAAGGGCUACAGAACACUCCUACGUGCCCGUACUGUGCCAGGAUGACAAGUGUGCUGGGCGUGAGAAAGGAGUGCACAUGCACUGUCCGCUGUGUACAGUAGCCGAGGCCUACCAGGACCCCGUCAUACUAGUUGCCCACUUUCGGAUCAAACACGUUGACAAGAGCAUCGACUUUGCCGGCUUGAAGGUGUUGCGUUGCUGUAACCACUGUGAGAUCGUGGGCACCAUUAAAGGAGAGAAGAGGUUUAAAGGGGCACACUGGCACUGCUACCGCUGUAGGAACGGCUUUAACAGGAGGGACGAGGCGGUGAAGCACUACAAGACGCACUUCAGAAACCCACACACCACAUUCCAAAUCCAGGUUACACAGGAUGUGAAUUGCAGGCAGUACUAUAAAGGCAACCCGGAAGCUAAUGCAAAAGCAUACAGUGGGCUAGCUGUGAGUUCUGGAGGUGAUGGCACUGCUGUCAGUUCUGUCAUCACACCACCAGUCCUCACCACUAGCUCGACCACUGAGACCACCACGUUACUCACCGUUGAGUCGAAGGAAGACGGUGAAAGUAAUGGCAUGCCACUGGGUGCUGAAGAAGAGGUGGGCUCUUCCCAGCAUGCUUCAGCACGUACCCAGACUCUGGUUUUAAUGGACCCUGAUGGAAACACAGGCAACUUGAUCUAUGAUGAAGCAACAGGCAUCAUUACUGAACAGAGUGAGGAGAGUUUGGACCUGCAGAAACAUCUCCUGGAGCUAAGCGAGCAAAUGGAAAUAUUACGUCAAGAGAAAGAAGGUGUUGAAAAGAGUCUACGCUCUGAAAUUAGGCAACUCAAAGAACAGAUCGCAAGUCUUGUUCAGUCAAACGUGAAGAUGUUCGAGGAGCUGCAGUUGUACCGCUGUCCAGACCACAGCCAGCAGAGACUGGCCAAACUGAUGGACAGUCUUCAGACCCAGCACAAAGAGCUACUACAGGCCCAACUGGCUUCACUGAGGCAGGAAAUCCUCUCCCAAGCAAGCAGUGUUUCACUCAAUGGCCACACAGAAACGCUAGAGCUCCAUUCUGGUGGUGACCAAUCACAGGACCAGGUGGAGGUGCAGGGUAAUGUAGUAGGUGAAGUACCAGAACUAGAGAUCAUAGCGGUUCCACUCCAGGAAGAGCAGAUUGAACUAAGAGGGCAGCUUGUGGAAUUUAGGCCUCAGGAGGACACCCUUUCCAGUCUGGAAAGCCCAAGAUCAGACACGGCAGUGACCCAAGACCUGGAGGUUAAACAAGAAGAUUGUUUGGUUUCUAGGAAACGAUGUUCAGAGGAGGAUUGUAGAGGGACGAGUGAAGACAAAAUCCCACGUGUUAGUUAACACAACAAGACUUAAAAAAAAAACUUUCACAGACACAACUGGUCUCUCUGAUUUCUAGAUAGUAAGGCUACAUUCAUUUUCCUCAUAACGCAUCUGAUAGCUAAUUUUUUUUUCCGUAUAUGCAACAUUUACCGUAUUUAUUUUUCUUCUCCGUCAGCCAUAUGAACACUUGCCUCUUUUGUUUUCUGUCCCCUAUUUAAUCAUAAAGACCUGCCCAAUUGACACUGAAGUUUAGCUUUUUAAUGUGUCUGUAAAUGAUGGUUGCUGAAAUAGAGAAUUUUAUAAACCCAAAUAGUUUUGUCUAUGACUGUGGGUUUGUGUUCUAUAAACUAGUGGAAAUAGUUAUAGUAUAACUCUGUGCAACUGAUUCAGUUUUACAUCAAGCCAUUAUACAACACAAUAUUUUUCCUCAUUCCGUAAUCCAAUAUUUGCAUCUAAAAUGUCUGCUGUUUACAUUUUCUGAAAAUUGUUUUCAAAUUGAAUUAAACGCAGCUUUGUGUUCUUA